GAAGCUAGGGGCCAGUGAGGGCACCAUCAACCAGGAGAUCCAACGCUACCAACAACUGGAGUCUGUGGCCGUCAACGACAUAAGGAGAGACGUCAGGAAGAAGCUCCGGCGCUCCAGCAUGAGGGCGGCCUCGCUAAAGGAUAAGUGGGGUCUUGGCUACAAACCGAGUUACAAUCGUUCCAAAGCAUUUCAGCAGCAGCGGGUCGACCCCCUCUGAAAAGGAUGGAGAGACAGAGUUCCAGAUUAGGAGAUGUGGAGGAUUUACCGGAUGCCCGCCUGGACGUGGCGCCUCCAGGACCAAGAGUCACCUUCAGCAUCCAGGACACGAUGAAAAGACAGGCUUUGGAUGCAUCAAAUGCACCCAUCAGUCCAGGAGAGAUAUUCAAGUUUCCCGAGGAGAACGAGGGGGAACUGUUGUCCGUCACCAUUGAUGAUCCAUCCCAUGCUCAUCCUCUUCUCAUCACUCCAUCGCCAUCCAUUAGUCUGGGCCCACACUCAGUUUUCAGUUCCCCUGGCACACCUGCCAUCUUCUCACCCAUAAUUCCCUUCCAGCAUGAUGACGCGAGGCGAGACGAGCUGUCGUCUUCCUCUUCCGAAGAGUCUGAAAACGAGGACGACUUUGAACACGGCAGACCGCCCAGCUAUCUGAGGCCUUUCCAAACAUCUCACAGGAAGUCAACAGGCUUUUCAGCUGUGAGUCAGCUGUUCAGCGACCGCUGGCCGAGCACGCCUGUCGGUCGCAGCUUCAGCGGCCCAACAACCGAAAGAAAUAUCGACUUUGAGCUUGAUAUUCGUGUGGAGAUCGACAGCGGGAAGUGUGUCCUUCACCCCACAACUCAGCAAAACGAGCAUGAGGAUGUUUCUCUGAGGAGGAGCUGCGAGCGCAGUCUCAGGAGCCUGGAUCAGGAUUCUCCCCCCAAGAAGAAGAAAGUGCAGCCAAACUACAACUCCACCAGCCAUCUCCUAGCUGGCAAGAAAUGCCCCUCUACCCUGCAGACUAAAUCCAAUGACAUGGAGACGACGGUCUUCUACAUUCCUGGAGUAGAUGUUAAGUUGCACUACAAUUCCAAGACCCUGAGGAUGGAGUCACCCAAUGCCUCCCGUGGAUCCUCCCUCCCUCGCACUCUUUCCAAAGAGUCUAAGCUGUAUGGUAUGAAAGAUAGCGGCCCUCCCAUUCCUCUCAAUGCUGUCCAAAUCAAGACUAACUCGCUCCUACCUCCCCCGCACCCACCUCUUCCAUCAGGUACUGAGAAUUCCCUGAAACUCUGUUGCAUGUUGUAUCAUCUCUAGUAACUGACACCAGAGGUCAGCAUCUCUCCACUGUGGCCUCUUAGAUCGACCGAGCGAGUAGCAGGGUUGAAUGUCCGGUGAAGA